GUUGGGUGUGACACCGAAGCCGCCAUAUUGACAGUGAGACAGCAGCCGGGUAGUGGCGGUUCCCUGAUUCCUGAUAGAAAGUUCGGCUGGAGAGGGAAAUGCUGCAAACAUACGGCUACAUGAGGGGUCGGGAGGAGUAUGAGUACUCGGGGCCAACACAGCACCGCUUCUCGCCCUAUACCUUCAACGGAGGAACUGUGCUGGCCUUAGCUGGGGAAGACUUUUCCAUUGUUGCUUCAGAUACACGACUGAGUGAGGGUUAUUCCAUUCACAGCCGAGACUCAUCCAAGUGCUACAAAUUGACAGACCAAACUGUGAUUGGAUGCACUGGAUUCCAUGGAGACUGUCUUACGCUGACAAAAAUCAUUGAUGCAAGAUUAAAGAUGUACAAACAUUCGAAUAAUAAGACCAUGACGAGUGGAGCAAUAGCAGCAAUGCUUUCCACCAUUCUGUACUCUCGACGGUUUUUCCCCUAUUAUGUUUACAAUAUCAUUGGAGGCCUUGAUGAAGAAGGGAAAGGUGCAGUGUACAGCUUUGAUCCUGUGGGAUCCUAUCAACGAGAUGCUUACAAAGCUGGAGGCUCAGCCAGUGCCAUGCUGCAACCGCUUCUGGAUAACCAGAUUGGGUUUAAGAAUAUGGAGUCAGUAGAACAUCUCCCCCUCACCCUGGAAAAAGCAACACAGCUAGUUAAAGAUGUUUUCAUCUCUGCAGCUGAGAGAGAUGUUUAUACUGGUGACUGUCUAAAGAUAUGUUUUAUUACGAAAGACGGAAUCAGAGAGGAGUCGCUGCCUCUUCGGAAAGAUUAACACCGAAAGCUUUUGCUGUUCAGAAUACUAUUACUGCUGAUUUUAGUCAUUUUUGUUCCAUGCCAUUAAUGCUUCUGAGUAAACUGGCACCAGCUGUUCCUUUUGUAUGUAUUGAUUAUAUUAUGACAUAAAAUGUUACCCUGUAAACUUUUAAUGCAGUUUUUCCAAUCUUUCUCAGAAACAAAUUUCAAAGGCUGGUAAUUAUGAAAGCACUUUAGCCACAGAUGGGUUUGAAUUUUCCUGCAGAAAUUUACCUUAUUUUGCCUGUAUUUUUCCAAGUUCCUGAUCUCUUUUAUUGAAGAAAUUAUGAAAUCAUCCUUAUAAGAUUAUUGUUGGACUCAAAAGAAUUAAAUGGGGUGUACAGAAA